UAGAGAGAGAGAGGUCUGUGUAUUUUCAGCCACACGCUGACAGCUGUGCAGCUAUAUCCCACGUACGUGCUCAUAUCCUGAGAAACACAGAGAGAGCAAGUCUGACAUUCCUCCCUUUUCUGCAUCAUUUCCUCUGCAGACGCGUGCGAGACAUACCUUCUCCAGGAUUUCCCAUUUCCAACUUUGUUUUCCUUCUUUUUGUUGCUGCGGUUUUUAUACUGUUUUGGUUGUCGCAUUCCCUCCGUGUCUUUGGAAUGAACGGGUUUCCUGCCUGCGUCGUUUCCAUGUCAGCAUGGGAACUGCCGUAUCCAAAAGGAAGAAUUUAAGAAACGAUGCGAUUUCUUCUGUGGCAGCAAAAGUUAGAGCAGCCCGAGCAUUUGGAGAGUACCUGUCCCACACACACCCUGAAAACCGAAACGGAUCAGCUCAUCUACUGUGUGAAACCUUGGUGGGUCCCGAACCGGAGUCGCCGAGUGACAAGAUUGGCCCGAACAACAACAAUCAUCUCCAUCCCUGCUCCAACACCACCAAGGGCUGUGAGGACAACCGGGAUCCCGGCCAGGUGAAACCCACGCUGGGCUUACACCAGCCACCUCCACCAUCCAUCACCAUCUCUACCAAAGCAUCAAAGCUCUCCCUUGAGCGCAGCUUCUCAGCGGAGGAGGACCAACAGAAGAGUGUUGAGUGCACCCUGCAGCCUGCCCGCGUCUACACCAUCACCACUCAGCGCGGUAUGCUGAUGAGCAGCGGCCGGGGCAGCAAGGAGAGCCUAGAACUGGACGUCCUGAAGGAGAAGUCGGGGAGUGGCGGGGUGGCCUCCAGAAGUGGCCUGAUCCAGGGUUCCCCUUCCUCCGCCACAACGUCUCCAACCCAGCACCACCAUGCCAGCAGCAGCCGUGGCAACAACCACCAUCACAGAAACCAUCACGACCCUCACCACGGAAACCACCACCACCACGGCCUCUCCGGCACCACCUCCAGCAGUGGGGGGGCGAGUGGAAGCAGCAGUAGCAACCAGCAGCAGCAGUCUUCUGCGGUCACUGGAUCCCACUCCCAUCAUGGAUCGCACCACCACGGCCACCACCAUCACCUGUCUCAACCCCCGCUGCAGACCUCUGUCAGCGCCCACAACAUCCGCGGCUGGGGGGAGGGGGGAAAGGGGGAGGCAGAGUGCAGCGGGCUAGCAUGCGAGUCUUGCAGCGGGGCCCCCUCGCGGAGCCAGGGGUCUCUGGACCUGGAGAGCGCGUCCCGAGAGGCAGGCAAGCAGCACCGACGCCUAGAGCGGAUGUGGAGUGUGGACCGGAUGACUGGGCUGGAGAGAGGUGAGAGGGCGGAGGACACAGAGGAGAGGAGAGGCGCUGAAUUCCAAACCAGGGCGGGAGGGGGUAAGGAGGACACUAACUGGUUCCCAAAGGAAAACAUGUUCAGCUUUCAAACUGCCACGACAACCAUGCAGGCGAUAUCGAACUUCCGGAAGCAUCUUCGGAUGGUGGGCAGCAGGAGGAUGAAAGCACAGACAUUCGCUGAGCGUAGAUCGAAGAGUUUCAGCCGCUCCUGGAGUGACCCCACCCCUGUCAAGAAUGACUCUCAGCAUGACAGCGGAGACCUGCAGGCAUCCUGUGGUACUUUAGAUGAAGGAGGCCAAGACGAUAAUUUAGACUGGGAGGAGGAGAGGGAGAUGGAGCGGCUGGCCUGCGAAGGAGACGACUUUGUACCUCCCAAAAUCAUGCUGAUCUCUUCUAAAGUCCCGAAGGCGGAGUACGUUCCCACUAUAAUCCGCAGGGACGACCCGUCCAUCAUCCCCAUCCUCUAUGACCAUGAACAUGCAACCUUUGAUGACAUUUUGGAGGAAAUAGAGAAGAAGCUCACAGCUUACAGGAGAGGAAGCAAGUUCUGGAGGAUGCUCAUCUUUUGUCAGGGAGGACCUGGUCACCUGUAUUUGCUGAAGAAUAAAGUGGCAACUUUUGCGAAGGUUGAAAAGGAAGAGGACAUGAGCCAAUUCUGGAGGAGGCUUAGUCGCUUCAUGAGCAAAGUCAACCCAGAACCCAACCUCAUCCACAUAAUGGGAUGCUACGUCCUGGGCAACCCCAACGGAGAGAAGCUGUUUCAGAAACUGAAGAAUCUGAUGAGGCCUUAUUCUGUAGAGUUCGGGUCGCCGCUGGAGCUGUCUGCUCAGGGCAAAGAGCUGAUCGAGCUGUACUUCGACUUCCGCCUCUACCGGCUCUGGAAGACCCGCCAGCACUCCAAAGUCUUGGACUAUGAGGAAUUUUUGUGACGAAGAAACCUGGAUAAUGGGCGCAGCGGAGCCCCCCAGGAACCCGUCCAAAAGCGAUCCAAUGACUGAACAUUUGCUCAACUAUAGCACUCGACCCGACAAAUUUAAACACUCAUACCUGCUUUCAUCCUGGAGAGGACUGGGAGAAGAGGAGGAUGUGAAGGCAGGCAGGAUUGAGGAGGCUGAAGACAAACUCAAUUAUGCUGUGCCUCAGCUCCUCCUCGUUAUCAGAGUAAGGAUCAAAGACUAACAAAAAGGGCCGAAAAAAUACACAAAAGAAAAAAAAUGAGGAAAGAUCAGAGAAAACUGGGCUGUCCAAGUCUUAGUCACCAACUCCAUUUGCAUCUUGAAGGCAAAGGAGAAACAAAAAAUCAAAUAAUAAAAAAAAGGUCAUUUUAGUCACCCCUCUAUCGCAAAAAGACAUUUUCGGAGGCGUAUGGGCUUCAGCAAAAUCUCAUUCUGCCAUAAUGUGGUUCUGUGAUUAGACUGGACCUCUCAGACCCCGAGACAAACAUAUACAUAAAUAAUCCAUGUGUCGAUGUGUGUAUAUACCACAUGAAUAUAGUAGCAUAGCUUUAGUCAUGCAAAUAAUACUCUAUAUGAGAAUAAUGAUGCAUAAUUUAUUUUCGAUGUGCAUUGUUGUGCAGUUUCAUAUGGAAAUACUUUGGAAUAACUCAGGUUUUAGCCAUGAAGUACUUCAUCUGUUUGUCCAUUCUAUCAAGAUAUUGUAAUCUUCAUCACCAUUGCUUGGAAUGAAUGUAUUACCUCUCUGGAAAUGUAUCUUCAGUUUGAGGAAUUGAGCUUCAUGUUUUGGUUAAAAAAAAAAAAAAGUAGGGAAAAAAAAGUGCUGAUUUUGUGAGAGAGAGUGUGUGAGUAUUUUCCAUGUAAAAAAAAAAACAUGAAGAUGUUGUGUGUAUUUCUCUUUCUGCUCCUCUGUUAAAGCAAAAAUGUUCAUCACCUUCACUUGCCAUUUCUCUCUCUUCCUGUCACACACAUACGCAAAUACAGUUUAGCAUGAUUCAUGAUGUCAAGAGGGAUGUAACAGCCAUCCAAGAGCUCCUGCCACUGCAGUGGAGGAGUCGCCCUAUUGAUCCCUGCCACUCUACUGCAGAAGGUCCGAGCCACAUAGCCCUGUCAGCGGAGCCAGCUGCUCUCACUAUCUGCCAAACACUCUUGGCAUAUCUUAAUGGCAGGCAAACGAGUUUCCGCCACCUCGUAUAUCACUGGGCAGAGGUCCAGUCUGAGGACCGGAGUUCUCUGAAUUAAACAGAUCUGCCAGGGGUUUAAGCUGUUAACAGCCUCCUGCCGCCCCUGCCAGGUGUCGGCUGGUAAAAAGGCCAGAAAUAUGCACAGAGUGUGUGUGUGUGUGUCUGAGGCAGCACACCACCUGAGUGACCAGAGCGGUCUCACAUGAAAGAAGGUGAAAUGUGGAGAGCAGCCACUAAGCCGAAAUCUGAAAACAUUGCUUAUAUACACACAAACAGAAACACUGGGGCUGGGACAAAAAGACAUUUAAGAAAUCAAUACAUCGGGACAUGUGAAAGGGGUCCACAGAUUUUACCAAUAAAAAGACAGUUUACCCAUUGUGAAGAACUCAGUCUGUGAAAACAUUAUCUGUAUGCUUGUCUGUGGGGGACUCAGGCCAAAAUAACCCUGUUGAUGUCAUCAGAUGUAUCUCAGUUUCAGCUUAUGACAAUUACCAGGCAUACAAUCAAGUUUUUUUAAUGGCAAGUGACAAAGGACUUUGGGGCUUGAUUAAGGGACGUUAAGUCUCUCAUAGUCUCUAUAGUAUAAAGUUAAGCAGUACUAAAUCACGAGGUCAAACUAUCUUUAGCAAAGCAAAGAUACAUGUGCUUCACCAUUGAAACGGGGACAGUGACACUCUAAAAAGCACAGAAAAUCUCAACACUCAGUUUAUUUGAUUUCUCAGGUUGACAUGUUUCUGUGAAGGUCCUUAAAAGUCCAUUGAGCUUUUGUACUUAUGGAGUUCUGCAAUCCCAGUUGUUAUGUGUCUGUCAUUUCUAACGACACGCUGCUGCAUUUCGGCCAUAACUUUACCAAUGUGGCAGCGUUCCAAGGAGACAUUGCUAAAUCACGCAACGGCUCACUGCUCAGCCAAUCACAGCGGAGUCCUGUAAUGACAUCGGCCCCUGAAUGUCAGUGAAAACCUCGCUGCAGAGCAACACUUGCUAAGUAGGAUUUUAAACCAGUCAUUGAGUCUCUGCAUAAUUCAUUGGCGUGCAGAACGUUUACAGAGUGCAUGAGGAAUAAUAUUUUUGUUAUUUAAUAGAUUGACCCAAGCCCUUCAUAACACACACAUACAAACAAACUCACAAACACAGAUACUCUUGAUCUGUGUUUGGCAAACACAUUUCCAUUUGUCCUUAUUUGUGUGGAUGUGUUCAUAUUUGGAGCACUAUGUGGGGGCUUUUUUUCUGUUAAAGUCAACCAGCCUCACUGUGAGUGCUCUCUUCUAACAAAACUCUGCUUUUAUUUGCGUGUGCUCUCUCUCUGACAUUGCAGUGCUAGCCUACAGUUUGUCUGGCACAGACAAUUGCUCUCUCAGCCUGAGUCACGCAGAACAUGUUUUCACUUCAGAUUUAAAGGCCAAACACCUGUCAUAUUUCAUUGAGCCGUGUUCAUUCCAGCAGAAGCAUUAAGCCUGCUACUGAACGGUUUUCUCAACAUAACUCCAUGGUAUACUUUUAAUUCAAAAUCCAGCAGCGAUGAUAUGGAUUCAGUCAAGUCAGAAAAUGUCUUUCUCAUGCCAUAGAAACUGUCUAUAAAGAUAUUCAUGGUAAUACCUUUUCUGUUAUAUUUCUUGGGCUGAACUGACCGUGAUGUGAAGAGCACUCUGACUCAGGAGUUUGAGAGAGCUUUGAUAUUUUCUUCUUCAGCAAAAAAUCCCACAACAUUUCACCGGAAAUCUAAUUAAAGAUGCAAACGUGUCCAAUUGUC